AUGCAGAAUCCGAAAGCAAACCAUCUUCCUGAAGUUGAUUCGUUGCCAGAUGGGUUUGUUGAGGGAGCUGCAGAGCCUGUUGCACCUGCAAUUCCAAUUCCUAAACUAGAUAAGCCUCUUUGUGAUGAUUACAAGGAUGAUGGUUUUAUAGAUUGCGGUCAUUCUAAUGAGUUAUCAAACGUGUUGGGUGAGAAGGAGUUUCAAAACGAUCAUGGUACACAUAUUGCAUCUUCUCUAGCUAGUUCUGAUUCUGAAUCUCCACUAUCCGGAAGUUGUGAGGUAAAAGAGCAACAACAAGGAGGAUGUCAAAGUUCGGAUAAAUCGAAACAACCUUUGGAGACAAAAGCAUUGCCUCUAAAGGAGGCGUGUGCUCCAGGGAUAGUUGAUUCUUCAAAAAACAAAAAAUCAGAAACCGGUGAAAAGCGUAAGGUUUCAAAGCGUACACUUAAAGCAGAAAAGGAGCUCUUAGAGUUAUCACUCAAGUAUCAACAAGUAUUGGCUGAAAGAGAUUCAGCUAUUGCUGUCAGAGAAAAGCUUGAAUCACUGUGCAGGGAGUUACAGCGUCAAAAUAAAAUGCUGAUGGAAGAAUGCAAACGUGUAUCAACUGAGGGGCAAAACUUGAGGCUAGACUUGUCAACCAAGUUCCAAGAUGCAAUCAAGGAUAUGAGCAGCAGGCUUGAAGAACGUAAGGACGAUUGUCUUUCUCAGCUAAAGGAGAACGACAUGUUAAGAAACAAUCUAAAGCAGCUUGCGGAGCAAUAUCAACUACUUGAGCAGCAACAUGCCCAAAAGUUGAAGCAAAAUUCAUUGGAACUACAGAUUGCUGAAUUAAAAAUUAAGCAACAUGAGGAAAAAUUGGCUCACGAACAGUCACAGAUGAAAAUAUAUGCAGAACAAGUGUCUCAGUUAUUGGCAACCGAGAAGAAUUUGCGUUUGCAGCUGACAACUGAUGGAGAGAAAUUCCAACAAUUCCAGGAAGCAUUGACAAAGAGCAAUGAUGUAUUUGAAACGUUUAAACAAGAGAUUGAGAAGAUGGCAAAAUCAAUGAAGGAACUCAAGAAGGAGAAUCAAUUUUUGAAGAGCAAAUCAGAAAAGUCGGAUGUCAUGCUUAUAGAGUUAGUUGAUGAGCGUGAGCGCAUGAAAAAACAGCUUGAGAAAACAAAAAAUCAGAAGGAAAAACUGGAAUCGUUAUGCCGGUCACUUCAGGCAGAAAGGAAACAAAGUUUAUCCGAGAACAAAAGUAAUAAUAAUGACAAGUCAGUUCCGACAUGA